AUGAGGAAACGUGAAGCCUCUGUAAAACUGUGCUGUGAGUGUUCCAAUAGUUCAGUAGAAAUGGUGACAUUUUUCCAGAACAGUUAUCGAUACUUCUUCACGGAGAAACCGAGCGUCUUUCCAUCUGGUUUGGAAGAUUUACUGACAAAAAAUGCAGAUGGUCACCUAGUGCUCCAGAACAGGCAUAAACUAGAUAAUAAUACUCGAUGUAAACUUGUUAAAAUAAUUAUAGAUUAUUUAAUUGUUCAAGACAAACCUACGUAUAAAUUCCCGGCGAUAUUACAGGAAGUAGCAGAAGAAAUAGUUAAAUAUUUUCCUGCUGAGAGAAUUGAUACAUAUUUCAUUCCUUACUCUGCGCAAAAUUCAACUGGGAAAAAGUUGCCGACUAGGGGCAAGUUAUAUUCAAGAUUCUUGAAUGUGAAACGAAGUUUAUCUCUGAAUAAAGCGAAAACAACUCAAGAUAAAGGAGCAUCUCAGAAAUUUGCUUAUUCGGAGCAUGAAAAAUUGGCAUAUCGUUCACUUUUACAAUCGACAAAUAAUUUCGAUCAAGUUCGACAAAAUUGGAGAACAUCCUACAAUUUCAGGAGACAGAAACUAAAUGGCGCACCUUUGGAAUAUUUCAAUACCUUUCCUGCUCUCCGAACACCUGCUGGUUCCACAUUGCUUCUUGAUGACUUCAAUGUGAAAUUUCCCGGUCUGAGGGGGUUGUCAUUACAUACGGUUUGGCCAAGAAUUGGAUCAGUUGUUGUCGAACUACUGAAGAGUAAGCAAAUACAGCACAACGAUUUGCAGUCUACUUUCAUAGAUAUGCAUGUUCAGUCAGUGAAGCUGUUACCCUUCUUGUUUUUGCCAACGCAAAUGAGGUUGAAAACCACCAAAAGAAUUUUCAAACUCUCGAGAAUUGAGAUGGCAGAGAGAUUUUUCCUACAUGUUGCGGACUAUACUGAACUGGAGGUGAAACUAGCCGAGAGAAGAGAAAAAUUAAAAGAAUCUUCGUCACCUGUACACCCAUUUAUGGUUGCAGUUGGUCAGUCAGUCAAUAGUCAGGAUCAUUUUGUGGUCAUCGACUCCUAUAAAUAUUUGGUCAACGAUUGUUUAAGUGCGAUGGAUCUAGCAUUCAAGAUUUUCCAUGCUCUGGAAAUACCCUAUCCAGACGAAACCAAGAAGAUAUGGCAAACGAUAGAUUAUUUGGUGUAUAAAGUUUGCAAAAUUAUUGACCCUGGCGCAAGCGUAGUUGUAGGUGAAAUAGAGCAGAAAUUGAAAGAGAUGUAGGAGACAUACUAUGUUCUUAUGCAUAGAUGUCUUCAGGAUCUGCUAUAUCAAUAGCAUUAAUUCUUUAUCAGUUAGAGAGUAUUAUAAUUAGCUAGACUACAGACUAUUCAAAGAGUUUCACAUCUCCUUUUACUCUUCAAUAACUAACAUAGAAUCAUUUGGUAGUAUGUGUGAUUUAACCCCACGUCAGAAACAUUGAUGACAUUAUAAUUUACCCAUCACAACUGGGAUGUCUAACUUAUAACUGUAUGUCUAGUGUCAUGUGCUUAACCAGUGUUGCCAAUUGUUUUUUAUUGUGAAUAGCAAGAUCAUAACAAAGAAGUUUUUCAAAAUAAAAUCAAGGAUUUACAAGGAAAAAUUAUCCAUACCCUUACUUAUGCUAUUUUUUAGAUCAAAAUCGUUAUAGAAGAAGAAGAAUAGAAAACUGAAUAAAUCAUCAUAGUGUACAUAAUGUAUUAAAAUUGUAUAUUGGUGGUGAAUUCAAUUCCGGGGUGUGAUUCCUCAUUAUAAUAUACGAAUGAAAGUUCAUCUGAACAUAUGUUCCAAAUUACUUCGUUUUCAGAAUAACAGGGUGUUAAAUUUGUAAUUAAAAAAUGGUUUUGUA